UUGCUCUGAAGCGGGUAAAAUAUUGUGCGCUUGUCUAGCGGAAGGCGAGUAAUUGUGUAGUGAAGGCCUUUUCUUUGGAAAAGAAACACUGUUUUGCUGGAAACAGUGAAGUGAUUUAUUUUUUUAUACAUUUUCUGUGUUAGUUGUUCAAGUUCCUAUACCAAAUAUGCCAAGAGGCGGUAAAAAAGGUCACAAGGGUCGGGGAAAGCAGUUCAGCAACCCAGAAGAGAUCGACAGACAGAUGAAAGCACAGAGAGAGCUGGAGGCGAACGGCGGGGUAGAGAAGGAGGAGGAGAAGUCAUCAGGAUCUGACGACAGCAGCAGUGAAGAGGACAUUAACAAGAAGAAGAGUGGAGUGGAGGGAUUGAUCGAGAUUGAGAAUCCCAACCGCAUAUCGCAGAAAAGUAAGAAGGUGACCGAGCUAGAUGUCAACGCACCCAAAGAGCUGUCACGCAGAGAGAGGGAGGAGAUUGAGAAGCAGAAAGCUAAGGAGCGCUACAUGAAGCUGCACCUGGAGGGGAAGACGGACCAGGCACGGGCCGACCUCGCCAGGCUGGCCAUCAUCAAGAAGCAGAGAGAGGACGCGCAAAAGAAGAGGGACGGACUCAAAAAAGAAAAAGAAGCUGAAGACUCCAAGUCCAAGCGUUAGUCCUCUGUCUCCCGAGGACUUGGCCUGGCAAAUGUUCUGGGGAGGAUGGAGAGACGAGAGAAGAUUGUAGGAGGGAGGGGAGGGGACCAAUACGAGGGUUGUCGGCUCAGGGGUACCGUGUGCUUGGGCUCCUGCCCUUCAUCUCUGAUGAGGGAAGGGUGUGAGCCAGGCAUUUUGGAGGAGACAGGGGAGGGAAGGGGAACUUCGGGUUCGCCUGUUUAGUUCCUCUGAAUUCUGUGAGGUCACAAUGGCAGGUGUUCUAGUGUCUUCCCUCCUCACUCCUCCCCGUGUUCAAAUUCUAAAGCUGCUGGAGAUCAUUCUUUGAUUUUUACAUUUUAACACUGUUUACUUAUAAAUUAGAAGUGUUUGGGGUCGAUGAGGAGGGGUUUGUUUACCUUCUCCUUCGUCUGACCUGUUUUAAGGUGAAUCAAGAGGAGGUGGUUGGGAUGGAGGAACAUUAGUAAGAUCCACCUUAUACAGGAAGUCUAUGUACUCAUUGUUCUCUGUUCUGGCCUUCGUCUCUACCAGCUGUGUCUUCAUUCACAACCUGACCGUUUAAAGGCCUUUGGCUGCAAAGGGAAGAUGUGGGAAUGAGCGGUCCCAGAGGCAGUAGUGUCUCAGACAAAACAUACAUCAAGGAAUCAAUCAGCUUUUAUGCCAUUUAUCUGUAGGUGUUUAAUUUCCUGGAUCUUUUAUUCUAUUGGUUUUUGUUGGUGUUUCUGCCCAGAAAUGAUUAGCUGUUUGAGUUGUCACCUGGCUCUAAUUUCUCAUUGAACCACCUGGCAGCGUAACAUCUUCUAGUAAAAAAAGUAUAUUGCUAUAUAAAAAAUUAAAAGGGGCAUAAUGAUAUUACACAAUAAUAAAACUGAAAAAGCAUUGCUAUAGCCUCCUACUGUAAGUCUCUUUCUCAGCACUAUGGGUUUCUCUUGAAAUGGACCAUCAUUUUGUUCCCUUUGACAGUUUACACAGGACCAAGUCAAUGGUCGCGUUCCACUGCUCAGACGUUGUAUGCAUCAGCCAAUGGUUGCAUGCCACGUUAUCGACUGCCGUCGGGCACCAGAUUGCUAUAACAUCCAGGCAUUUUAAGAUCUGGCAGGCAUCAGCAAUGCCUGGGCAGAGGAACUCGCCCACUGUCGGUCUCUGGUAGUUAUGACGAUGACAUGCUGUAGCGCAAUGGUUGGAACCUGAUAUGCCUUUUAACAGGAAAGCAAUAUUCUCUGAAUGGAGGUGGUGGCGGAAACUCCUUUCUCUCUUGAAAACACAGUAUAUACAAAGUGUUUUAAUGUUUAUAAAAAGGACUCUCCAGGACUGAAAGGAUUGGUCGGAUAAUUGUUUGAUUUUCGUCUAUUUGAAUUAAUUUGUUGUAUAGAAAUAAAUACAUUAAUAGAUGAAUAA